UAAUAAAGAUUUAUGAUUCUCUCUGUAUUCUUGUCUCUUACUCUACUCUGUUGUUUUCCUGAGUUUGCCAAAUUUUAAAAACUUCAUAUUUUUGUUUACUAAUUACUACUACUAACAUUUGCGUAUUUGUUUCAAUUUGCCUUCAUAUAUAUACACCCCGCCCGGCCCCCUCUCCGCUAACCUUUCUUCUCCAACCACAAAACUAAACCAAAGGCAGGCAGGCUUCAUUAUCUCAAAAAAAUGGUUUUGGUUGAUGGCGGCCAUGGUGAUGAGAAAGAAGGUGCGGCAGCGGAAAGUCCGGUAGACUAUCGUGGGAAUCCGGUGGAUAAGUCGCGAACCGGCGGAUGGCUGGCUGCCGGCCUCAUCCUAGGGACGGAGCUUUCAGAGAGGGUUUGUGUGAUGGGAAUCUCCAUGAACUUAGUGACGUACUUGGUCGGAGAUUUACACCUCUCCUCCUCCAAAUCCGCCAACGUUGUCACUAACUUCAUGGGCACGCUCAAUAUCCUCGGCCUCCUCGGCGGUUUCUUGGCGGAUGCUAAACUCGGCCGCUACUUGACCGUCGCCAUUUUCGCUUCCGUCGCUGCUCUCGGGGUGACGCUGCUAACGCUUGCGACGUCGAUUCCGAGCAUGGUACCGCCGCGGUGCGACCCUCGGAAAAGCCAUGAGUGCAUUGAAGCGAGUGGGCGGCAGCUAGCUCUGCUCUACAUAGCGCUUUACACCAUAGCUCUGGGCGGCGGAGGAAUCAAAUCCAACGUGUCCGGGUUUGGGUCGGACCAGUUUGAUGCGUCGAAUCCGAAGGAGAACAAGGCCAUGAUAUAUUUCUUCAACAGGUUCUACUUCUGUAUCAGCCUGGGAUCCCUGUUUGCCGUGACGGUGUUAGUGUAUAUACAGGACAAUGUGGGGAGAGGGUGGGGGUACGGCAUCUCCGCCGCCACCAUGGUAAUCGGCGUCGCCGUUUUGCUCGCCGGCACCCCCAUGUAUAGAUUCAAGAAGCCGCAGGGAAGCCCUUUGACUGUGAUUUGGAGGGUUCUGUUCUUGGCCUGGAAAAGAAGAAAUCUUCAUUAUCCUUCUGAUCCCACCUUUCUCAAUGAAUUUCACACCGCAAAGAUCCCUCACACUCCCAGGUUCAGGUGUCUGGACAAGGCGGCGGUUGUGGAUGAGUACGCGGCGGCGGAAGGAAACAGGAACAACCCCUGGAUAGUGUCAACCAUGACUCAAGUUGAAGAAGUGAAAAUGGUGUUGAAGCUGAUUCCCAUUUGGUCAACAUGCAUACUCUUCUGGACAGUUUACUCUCAGAUGAACACAUUCACCAUCGAGCAGGCCACCUUCAUGAACAGAGAGAUGGGCAGCUUCGAAAUCCCGGCAGGCUCCUUUUCCUUCUUCCUCUUCAUCACAAUCCUCCUCGUCACCUCCAUGAACGAGAGGGUCACCGUCCCUUUCGCCAGAAAGUUCACUCACACCGUGCAGGGAAUCACCAGCCUGCAAAGAGUCGGGGUGGGGCUCUGUCUCUCCAUUGCCGGAAUGAUAGCUUCUGCUCUGGUGGAGAGGCAGCGCAGGGAAUAUGCAGUGCACCACGGUUCCAGAAUCAGUGCAUUCUGGCUGGUUCCCCAGUUCUUCAUUGUCGGCGCCGGAGAAGCUUUUGCCUACGUUGGGCAGCUCGAGUUUUUCAUCAGAGAGGCGCCGGAGGGGAUGAAGUCCAUGAGCACUGGGCUGUUUCUCAGCACGCUUUCAAUGGGGUAUUUUAUCAGUAGUCUGCUGGUGACAAUUGUGGGGAAGGCAAGUAAAGGGAAAUGGCUAAAGAGCAAUCUCAACAAGGCUAAACUCGAUAACUUCUACUGGAUGUUGGCCGUUCUGGGAGUGAUAAACUUCCUGGUUUUCCUCCUUUUCGCGGCGAGACACCAGUACAAGAUGCAGCCCAGAAGCCUCAUCUCAGAGGCUUCGGCAGAAGAUCUCAAGAAUGAGAAGGAGAUGAUGGCUGUUGAGGACAAAGAAAAACAGUUCAUCAUCAGCUCUGAGUCAAAGGAGGUAGCUUAAUGGGUUUUCAGUUGGUGUUGGGUUCUGUUCCAAAUUCAGCAAAACCAACAUUCUUAGACUCCAAAUAUAAUAUAGAAGAUUUGUUAAAAUCCAAGUUCUGAUCUGUCAGAAGUAUAUGUGAUCAUCAAUUGUUGUUGCUAUUUUUGAGUUUUGUUUCAUUUCCACAUUGCAUUGUAAAGUGCAUGCAGUAGCUAGUAAUGUAAGAUGUCAGCUUAUAAACUUUCUUUUCAAGACUGUUGUAGUAGAAAAUUUUCAUUCA